AGUUUUUUUGAUCCAUCUCAACGCUCAGUCCUCACCUCACUCAGCAAUUAAUACGAUCUCCUGACUCUCCCCUGCCCUUCCCUGUUUCUUUAUUUAACCAAUUCCGUACCCAUUUCUGAACAGGGGUUGAGGAAGAGAGACUGCUAGGUGAUUUUACGGACACCCAUUUUACUGGUUUAGAGUGUGUUGUAGUGGGAGAGAAAAGAUGAGGGAAGUGAUAAGUAUUCAUAUUGGACAAGCUGGGAUUCAGGUUGGGAAUGCUUGUUGGGAGCUCUACUGCCUUGAACAUGAAAUUCAGCCUGAUGGGAUGAUGCCCAGUGACACCUCUGUAGGUGUUGCACACGAUGCUUUCAAUACCUUCUUCAGUGAGACUGGUUCUGGCAAGCACGUGCCAAGAGCUAUUUUUGUUGAUCUGGAGCCAACUGUUAUAGACGAAGUUAGAGCUGGGACUUACAGACAGCUUUUUCACCCUGAGCAACUUAUUUCUGGCAAGGAAGAUGCUGCUAAUAACUUUGCAAGAGGACAUUAUACAGUUGGAAGGGAGAUUGUUGAUCUAUGCCUUGAUAGAGUGAGAAAAUUGGCUGACAACUGCACUGGUUUGCAAGGAUUUUUGGUAUUUAAUGCAGUUGGUGGUGGAACUGGUUCUGGUUUGGGCUCAUUGCUUUUGGAACGUUUGUCUGUAGAUUAUGGAAAGAAGUCAAAACUUGGUUUCACCAUCUAUCCUUCUCCUCAGGUGUCUACUGCAGUUGUGGAACCUUACAACAGUGUCCUCUCAACUCAUUCUCUCCUUGAACACACAGAUGUUGCUGUGCUUCUGGACAAUGAAGCUAUAUAUGAUAUCUGCAGGAAAUCUUUAGACAUUGAAAGGCCAACUUAUACAAACUUGAACCGUCUAAUAUCCCAAAUUAUCUCGUCUUUGACCACAUCCCUGAGGUUUGAUGGUGCAAUAAAUGUGGACAUCACAGAGUUCCAGACUAACCUUGUGCCAUAUCCUCGUAUCCAUUUCAUGCUCUCAUCUUAUGCCCCAGUGAUCUCAGCUGCCAAGGCUUUCCAUGAGCAGCUCUCAGUUCCUGAGAUCACAAGUGCUGUCUUUGAACCUGCAAGUAUGAUGGCCAAAUGUGAUCCAAGACAUGGGAAGUACAUGGCAUGCUGUUUAAUGUAUCGUGGAGAUGUUGUACCCAAGGAUGUUAAUGCUGCUGUUGCUACAAUCAAGACAAAGAGGACUGUUCAGUUUGUUGACUGGUGCCCAACUGGUUUCAAGUGUGGCAUCAACUACCAACCACCAACAGUGGUACCUGGAGGUGAUCUUGCUAGGGUGCAGCGUGCAGUUUGCAUGAUUAGCAAUAACACAGCUGUAGCUGAGGUUUUCUCCCGAAUUGACCACAAAUUUGAUCUCAUGUAUUCCAAACGGGCAUUUGUUCACUGGUAUGUGGGUGAAGGCAUGGAAGAAGGAGAAUUCUCAGAAGCCCGUGAAGACCUGGCUGCUCUGGAGAAAGACUAUGAGGAAGUUGGAGCUGAAGGAGCUGACGAGGAAGAGGAAGGAGAAGAUUUCUGAAAAGAUGUAUCUGGCAGCAUCAGCUAUUAAAGUCUACCUUUCCAUGUUGCAUUUCACUUUGUUGGUUGUGCAUUGUUUUCGUUUUUCAUUUCUUUUGGUUCGUGUUAAGUUCUCUCUUGGAUUAAUUCUCUUUUUACGUAUUUGCUCUGAACUUAAGUGAUUUUGGACGUACAGUAAUUUCCAUUCUCUGAGAUGAAGCCUUUUAAUGUCCAAAUAAUAAUGCUGCCUUAUCAUA